AUGCUUGUUGUUCGUCGAACGGGCGUCUCGCCCUUCGUGCGCAACAAUGGGCGGUAUGCAGCUGCAACCGUCCCGGUGCUGUCGCAGUUUCGCACGUCAAUGUCCCAGGUGCGGGGAGUGACCCACGACGCUAGCCAGACCGAAUCUGCUGGACAGAAUGUUGAAUCUUCGUCUUCGGCGACGAAAGACGCUUCACCCGCUCAGCCCACCGCUGAGGUUUCGGCGACGCCCACGGCCGGUAAUGCCCAGGGCGAGUCCGGCGCCGAGACCGUGAUCACUACGGCUCCUCGCAACCCUCCCAGCAAGAAGUCCAAGUUCAUGUCGCGGUCUGCGCCCCAGUCCAAGUCCAUCACUGGCGGCUUUCUGUCACGCCUAUCGGACGUCGUGACCAGCGAGACGUCAAACGGAGACGCCGUUGACAACGUGUGGAAAGAUAUCAUGAAGCAGGAACCAGGCGAGGUUACGUUUGGACCGCCCAAACGUGGGUCCAAGGGGUUUGCGCCGAAGGGGGUGAAGUGGACCAAGAAGGCCACGAACCCUCGGCGGCCACAGGCCCAGUUCGACAUGCCUGGAACCGGCAUGCGUGAUAGACCACCAACCCACGGCGGGGGGCCAACCUGGAGCUCUGAGGAAUGGCGUAAUGCCGAGGCAGAGAUCCUCAAGGACAAGCCCGACUUGAUCACCAAGCCUAAAGCGCUUCGUGAGCUUAUCCUAAACACGCUCGAGGAGAAGAUGGAGUCGGUGGACGUGUCAGUGGCAGCCCGUAUGGCUGCGGCCAAUCGCCAGCGUGAUCUCCCACCACACCUGCGGUUAGAUGGCCGCAGGCGCGAUGACCUUCACGUGAUGGACAACAAGAGUGUUUCGCAACUCCAGCACAAGUUUGGCGGCCGUGAACUCGAGCAAGUGUCAGACGACGAAUUGAUCGAGGUCUUUGAGGAGCAGACCAAGAUCCAAAUCGAUUCCGGUCGGGACGACAUCAAUUUCAUGAAGGAGGUUGCCAGAGGCAACUUGCACGCCACCUCGAUCGCCAUCGACCCCGUCACCGCACCACGCAACGGCAAGGUUGCUCGCCUCGCCCGUGGCCUGCGUCGCGUACUCUUCUCUGAAGGCGUACACUUCCUGCGUGACCCUCGCUCAGGCGUGUGGAACUUUGACAAAACCCUUGGCAAAAUCCCAAACUUUGAUCAGUUUGCAUACCAUCGUCUCCCCCAGUACAUUACGGCUUCAAGAGACGAGGAGCUUGCCCAGAUGGCUGCCGACGCUGAUACCAAGUUUAUCGGCUCGACGUCCACCCUCACCAAGGCCCUGUCCCAGAUCUACUUUACCAUCAGCGGUGGCAAGCCCGUCAACCUUUCGCACAUGAGCCAGGCUUUCGCCGGCGAGCGUAACGAUUAUACGGCCGGCGCGGCUCUGCCUGCCGCGAUUGUUGUCAGACUCCUUCCGAACGGCACGUACGGUAUCGACAACAUCAAGGACUAUGACGUCGAGGAGAACGUGCUCAGCGACUAUGGCCGUAUCCUGGAAAAGUUCCUGACUGUCGAGCAGGAAGACUUUGAGCGCUUCCUCAGCUCGAGCCCAGAGUCGGCAGUGCCCGAAGAGGAGCGCACUGAGCGUGAGGCUUAUGCGUACUCCAAGUCCAAGGGCAUCCUCAUGCGUUCCCAGCUUGACUGUCAGGACAUUCGCCUGCCUGGCAACGGUACGUUUGACAUCAAGACUCGCGCAUGCCAGCCGAUCCGCCACGACCGCGCCAACUACGUUGCCAACUCGGCUUACAACAUUGCCUACAUGAAGGGCAUGACCAACUCGUUUGAGAACGAGUACUAUGAGCUUGCUCGCUCGGGCAUGCUCAAGUACAACUUCCAAGCCCGAAUUGGUCAAAUGGACGGCAUCUUUGUUGCGUACCACAACACUGCUCGUCUCUUUGGUUUCCAGUACUUGUCAUUGGAAGAGAUUGACCAGGUCCUCUACGGCUCGUCGGAGAUGGGCAACCAGGCCUUCAAGCUGAGCGUCUCCAUCCUUGAAGAGAUCCUCACCCAAGCCGCCGCCUUGUUCCCCAACCAGUCCUUCAACAUGGUCAUGAAGCGUUUCGAUAGCACAAAACAGUACGACAAUAACGGCGCCAACAAGCUCCAGAUCGCCGUUGAACCUACCGAGUGGACCGGUGAGGGCCCCAAGCCUGUGCGCACCAUGGACAUGUACUUUACGAGCAGCCUCGACGACAAGCUCGUCGAGGGCCCGGUCAGCUUCUCCGAGGACCCUAAAACCCGGGCCAACCAGAAGUGGUCUGUCAAGUACAACCUCGCCAUCUCGGACGAUUCGGUGACUGCCACCAUCCGCGCGCGCAACAGGUACACGUCGCUGUGCGACAUGAUCAAGAGGAUGAGCACGCUCGUCAUUCCCGAGGGCAAGAACCUGCGCGACAUGGACCCGGAGCGCGCUGCCGCCGAGGAGGCGUUGCUGGCGGUCCCCGAGGACGGCGAGGAGAGCGAUCCCCUGGGCCUGGGUCUCGAAUAUGACGACGUGGACGACGUCAACAUCCUGGAGGAGAUUUGCAACGGUACAUCUACAUCGGACGACGCAGAGGUGCUUGUCCAGGACGGAGCUUCCAGCGCCGAGGCUGUGUCCCCCAGCGAGACCGAGGACGCCGCCGAGCCCGUCGACCAAGUCGAGGACGCCGCCAGCACCAGCGCCCCGUCGCCCGAGACGUACGCCACCGACCCGAUCACGCCUGCCAUUUCGUCGGCUACCGACGGCCCCAUCAAGGUGUGGUGGACUGCGCCCAAUGAAAAAGUCAGGAAGAUGCGCAAGAACGCCAAGGCGACUGGCCGCGCGUACGACAAGAUCAAGUCGCAGUGGAAGCCCGCGGCUGCAACGAGUUCGUGGUGGGAGGCCGAGACGGAGGCGCUCGAGCGCGUGGCGGCCUUCCAGGAGGCCAAUAGGGUCAAGCGCGGAGCCCAGAGGGCGGCGGGCGAGAUUAGGCCUUCGAAGCAGGUGAGGGAGCAGCAGUUGAAUGACGCCGAGGCUGAGGCUGAGGCUGGGACUGAGGCUGAGGCUCUGGCUGGGACUGAGACUGAGGCUGGUGCUGCUGAGGUCAAGGCGGAGGUCGAGGUUGAAGUUGGGAGCGGAGCGCAGCCCGAGGAGUCGUCUGGCAAGUCGUCGUAA